AUGUCGAGUGAAAUCUCGAUAGCAGAAGCAACUCCCGAAGUGGAAGUCAUAUUCGAAAAUGAAAUAUCUUCUGAAGAACCUCCUAUGGAGGAAUGGUCUUCUAUUCAACUGGAAUUACCUCAAGAAAAUAUAAAGCGUCUGAAAUAUGAUCAAGGACUUUAUGACCCAGGAAGUGGAGAAAUUUGUGCAGAGUAUUUGCCCCUUUCCGCCAGCUCCGUAUUCAGACACGUAUAUUACAACUACCCUGGAAUAAAAGAUCCAGGUAUUGUGGGAGCCAUUCUCAUGCCAGAAUCCAGAAUCAUCUAUCCCGAUGACGGACAAGAAUUCUAUUUGACACUUUGUAAUGAAAUGAAUUUGUGUCCCGUAAGAUCAUUUUAUCGUGGGCUGCUAGAUGAUAAAAUAGAUUUAAAGUAUUAUGGCGUUGAUCCUAAAGGUUUACGGCCUAUGGCAAUGUCUCUGAAAUUAAAUAGAUUUGUUACAGUACUUGAUUUGACAGACAACUGGAUAAACGAAGACGGCUGUUUUCAUUUGGGUGAGAUGCUCAUAGAUAACAUUAGUUUGAGAGAAUUGAAUUUGACUGGUUGUAGAAUUGGUUCAACGGGGGCAAGGCGUCUAUUUCAUAAUUUACAUUUGAAUCAAGCACUAAAAAGUCUAAAUCUAUCUAGAAAUGACCUAGGGGACACUGGCGUAGAAUUGCUUGCCAAAGCUAUUUUCAAAGGGGCAGACUUAAGACAAUUGAAUCUUAGUUUUAAUAAAUUGUCUGGAAAAUCUCCACUAGCAUUAGCUGAAGCAUUUGAAACAAAUAACAAACUUAGUCAUUUGAACAUGUCUUGGAACAGCAUGUUAUCCCCAAAUGCAAUUUUUGCUCUUUGCACUCAGUUAUCGUUAAACUCUUCAUUAGAAGAAUUGGAUUUAUCUUGGAAUUCUUUAAGUGGUAGUCGAAUUGGUCUUGCAAUAAAGAUCCUCUUGUCAAAUCCAAAAAUACGUAAUUUAUACUUAAGCAAUAAUAAAUUGGAAGGCCCAGUUAUUAAAUCUAUUUCCGUUAGCUUAGGCAAGGCUAAAAAUCUUGAUACUUUAGAUUUAUCUUUUAAUCCACUGACAACAAAAGAUGCUAUACUUUUAUUGGAACGAUUGAGAGAGCGCAGAGUGAAAUUGAAGCGACUUUUGCUUGAUAACAUUAUAGUGGAUGAAGAAUUUGUUAGUCUCCACAAAGAAAUACUCUCCUACAAAUUUCGUAGUGAAACGGUUGUAACUUGGGGUAUGGUGAGAAAAAAAUUCUCACCAGUUGGUACUGAUAUCAGAGAAAUAGUAUUUAAUAGAUGCGAGGCAAUCUGCAACAAAUCUAAGAAAAAACGUGUUGAUAUAGCUCUAGUUAUUCAACAAAUGUAUAGAGAUGACCCUGAACCGAUGAGCGUUAAGACUUUUGCUCAAAGAAUAAGGGCCAAUGGAGCUCAGCUCGAUGAUGAUUUGAUUGAAGAGAUGGCUAAUAGGUUUCCAGGUCCUAAAAGUGAUAAAAUAAAAUUAAUAAGUUUGCCUGCAGUCAUAGAAUAUCUUAAGCGAAAAUGGCCAGAACGAAAACUUCCUCCUACUCCACCCCCCGAACCAGAACCUGAGCCAGUUAUAAAAACAAAGAAAGGUAAAAAUAAAAAGUGA